ACGGAGCUGCGCCGCACCAUCCAGAGCCUGGAGAUCGACCUGCAGUCCCAGCUCAGCACGAAAGCGGCACUGGAGGGCACCCUGGCCGACACCGAGGCGCGCUACGGCACCCAGCUCGCCCAGCUGCAGGCGCUGAUCACCAGCGUGGAGGAGCAGCUGGCCGAGCUGCGCUGCGACAUGGAGCGCCAGAACCACGAGUACCGGGUGCUGCUGGACGUCAAGUGCCGCCUGGAGCAGGAGAUCGCCACGUACCGCCGGCUGCUGGAGGGCGAGGACGCACAGUGCGUGGGGUUUGCGUGGGCGGGGCGGUGGGAAGGCUGGUGGGGGUCCCUGGAAGUGCUGGUUGGGGCUUCAACCUGA